CUUCACGUAGGACUCCCGAGUAGGAGAUUCAGGGUCGAAUCUCAUCUCCUUCACUCUGUGAGAUGUUUUUGAUCUUCAGCUACAUUUUUCAGCUUUGUAAAGAACCUUAACUUCAAAGAAAAUGACUAGCAAUGUUACCAACAAGACAGAUCCUCGCUCUAUGAAUUCCCGUGUAUUCAUUGGGAAUCCCAACACUCUUGUGGUCAAGAAGUCUGAUGUGGAGGCCAUCUUCUCAAAGUAUGGCGAAAUUGUUGGCUGCUCUGUUCAUAAGGGCUUUGCCUUUGUCCAGUAUGUUAAUGAGAGAAAUGCCCGCGCUGCUGUGGCAGGAGAGGAUGGGAGAAUGAUUGCUGGCCAGGUUUUAGGUAUUAAUCUGGCUGCAGAGCCAAAAGUGAACCGAGGAAAAGCAGGUGUGAAACGAUCUGCAGCGGAGAUGUACGGCUCCUCCUGUGACUUGGAUUAUGACUUUCAGCGUGAUUAUGACGACAGGAUGUACAGUUAUCCAGCACGUGUUCCUCCUCCUCCUAUUGCCCGUGCUGUGGUGCCCUCUGAACGCCAGCGGGUAUCCGGAAACACUUCACGAAGGGGCAAAAGUGGCUUUAAUUCUAAGAGUGGACAGCGAGGAUCAUCUUCUAAGUCUGGAAAGUUAAAAGGAGAUGACCUUCAAGCCAUUAAGAAGGAACUUACCCAGAUAAAACAAAAAGUGGAUUCUCUACUGGAAAGCUUGGCAAAAAAUAGAAAAGGAACAGAGCAAACAAGCAGACUUGUCCUUAUCAACCCCAGUAGAGGUAAAGAAUGAAAAGACUGAA